UUCGUGUCCGCAGCGAAUAAGCUAAUACUUCUACUUCAUUCGUUCCAAUGAAGCGGUAGAAAUCAAUUUCCAAAGGAUGACGUUAUGAGAAUUACGGAUGCGGUACCCAUUAUGUGACAUGCUGGAAGCUACCUAUGUCGGUCAUUCUCAGGAGUACUGCAAACACCAACACCUUAUCCCUGCUUUUGACGAGUGGGUAGACUCGAUGCUCGGUUGGAUAAACAGUCACAAUCUCGCAGGGGAAAUCAGCAUCUUGUCCGUACGAUCCAGCCACUUCUUCAGCUGUUUCCGAUCCUUCUCAACUCAAGCGAGUCUGACUCUAGUCCCCCGCUUUGAUCCUUGUCCGGACGUACACUACUACGCAGUUUCGGCCAUCCACAGUUGCGCUGUAGCCGCCCAGGCUUUGAAAGACUUGCAUUUACCGCACUUGUUAAUCGUUUCUGGACUUUAGUUGUUGUCAAUCAUCAUUCUUCUCAUCGCAUCGUUAUUGUUUGUUUGAAGACUGUCAGCGCUUUUGUGUCAGCCCUAACUCAACAAGUGCAAUUUCAACAAAGAUGGCCGAAGCUUUGAAAACAGGGGCAAGGCUUGUCAAAAUCAUGGCUUAGAACAUGGCUGAGCAUCACCCCGCCGCAGUUGGGUAUUUGUUCUCGUCGAAGGAUCAUACCGACUUUUCGAAAACUCCUUAGACACACACUUGGGAAGGAUCGUUUUUGAUUAUACAUGCAAAAGAAGUUCUCAAAAACAUGGCGAUAACGCAAAUGACCAGUCAUUCUCUUCUCAACUCCUCCACGCCAAGGCGCCAUGUCGUCUAAGGGAGGGGACAUUGGAAACCCUCUUGCAUAGACGCCAGCGCGAGUGAAAGAGCCGACUUGUUAGCCGCGUGAUUGGACAUGAUUGAAGCUCACUAGGAUCAUACAUUCAACUUCGGCGCUUGCGCCUCUAACGCUUCCCACCAAGUUGCUCUGGCGAACCAACCACAGCACCCGCCAAUGACAUCCUCGUCAACUUGCUACGCUUUUGGCAGGUCAGAGUCUCCCAGGGCUGAAUCCUUCUAAACCCCCCGAUAUUUCCGCGUCUAGGUCAUGGAAGGCUUAUCACACUGCAUGCAUGCCUAGUGGCGCUUGUUUGGGUGUCAGGACUGGGUCAAAGAGCAGAUGAAAGCCCUGGUUAUGUCUCCCCGCCCACCCAAGAUCCAGUGAGACGCAUGUCUCACUGUCUAUCAUCCUAUAUAGAUGCAAUGUCCUCGUUUCUCGCUGUUUGUUCGCGUUGUUUCUGCGUUUUUGACAUUGCAACGUUUUUAUAAUCCCUGUCGGUUCCGGCCUCUCGGUAACAGCGUCUCCGCCUAGGCCUGUUGGACGUUGGUUGCUUGUCUGUUGGUUGAUAGACACAGUCACCUGCAACUCAACGAAGGCAAUCCGGCAGCUCAUCUCUUGUGUACUCCGGCAUAGCAGCCUUCUUGAUCUACCUAUCAACUACAACUACAUCUAGCACCAUGGCAUCUUCUCAAGCUCCGCCCAAGAAGCCCCGACUUUCACUUCAGAUCAAGACAGCAUGUAGUCCGGCCACCAGGUCGUCGAGAAGUUAUGCAGUGGACCCAAAGGAUCCAACUGCCUUUAACACGUUGUCCAAUGUCUACGUUACCACAAUCGAAAGGGCAACCCCAUCUCAGCAUGAGCCCAUUACUGCCAUCAAUACUUUCCAGGCUUUCAGUUUGACAACUCCAGUGGAACGACAGGACCCGAAACACCGAGUUGUUACGCCUUAUGUCGCUUCAUACCCUGAGACUCCUUCAUCCGACACAGCUCCUUCACCACAUCCAGGACUGGAAAUCAACUACCCGAGCACAAUGACGGCCACGCCUCCUCUGUCUGCUGGUCCAAUAGAUUCAAACACUACCAAGGCCUUUAGCUUUUCCCCUGCUGAUAUAUCCGCGGCCCCAGCCAGGAAUGAUAGCUUACGACCCGAGAAGCGUGCUCUGGCUCGCCCACAAACUCUUGCUGAGUUGACCCUGCAGGCCCCUUACACACAUCCUCGAUCACUUCACAGUAUUUUACGCAACUCGCCUCUUCCCCCACCCACGGCCAUUCCUCCUCCGUCUCCACGGCGACAGUCACGGCGGCUCCAAGAUAGAGCAAAUCGAAGAGUGUGCUACAAUAACCCCCUCACUCAGGAAAUUGUGACGAACAAGUACACGAAAUCUCACAUUGACCUCCUCGUUGAGGAGGCUUCGCCACACUCCCCUCCAUGCGUGCCCCCUCAGCCCCAGAGUGCCAUCGAUCUAGCCUUGGCAUUCACACCAAACGAGAUCCAAGAUGGAGGACAGACGCCUGGGCCUUUUGAGGAUAUGCGUCGCCGCAUGACAGGACUGGCCGCAUCAGGUACUCCCCUUUCCCCGUCAGGGCCAAAGGGCAUCUCAAAGCGCAAGAAAAAGGAGAAGAAGCGUCGGUGGGUAUGGACAAUUGGCCAAGAGGAUGACGGUGAUGACGAGAACAUUGGAGGGUCCAUUGCUGCUCUGAGAGCUGAGGCUGCCAAAGCCAAAGACGUUGAAGAAAUCAAGACACCUGUGACGGCGAUUAAGGCACCCCUCAUCACCUUUCUCACGGCACCGACACCAAACACGGAUAACUUUGAGAGCUUGAACGGCAUCUUGAAAGAGAAUAACGACGUCGAAAUGUCUGACACGAGCAGCUGUCUUACAGUACCAGAAAGGCCUCAGCACAUGACUGGUGAGAUGGACUUGGAUAUCAAGACUCCAAUCGCGCGCCAAGAUGAGGAGAGCCAAGUCAUACUCAUGCUACCAGAAAAUACUCUCAGUAGACUUGGUUCCAGUCCUGGUUUAAAGAGGGAUUCUCCGGUGCCGCCAGAUAUGCUACGUACCGAUUGAAUAGGUUCCAGGAAAGACAUGGAUGUUUCGUUAUUGGGUUUCUUGCAUUACCGGCGGUCUUGGGGCAUUUGAUUAACGGGAGUUCUGUCACUGUAAUUCUAAGGAGGAAUCGGCAUAUGAAGAUACCGAGCUCGACAGUGGGCAUCUAUGAGAAAUGAAUACAUUAAAUGAACAUGAAAUAAAUAUUUGCCGCUCUGUUGAAGUUAUUUGUAUCUGGUAUCGGCGACGAAGUUUUCGUCUUGACGACCGUGGCUGCCAUGAUA